AUGGAUCUCCUCCAGAAAUUCUAUGAUUGCUAUGGAGAAUUCUUGCGUAUGCUUCUGCGCUUCAAUGUUUACGAUGCGGGAAUCAUGAUUGUCAUCAUAGCCGAUGACCAGUUCAACGAUACUACAAUGUGGGAUGCCGACAGGAAGGGCAUCAUCGCCACUGCACCCUGA